GCCCUGGCGACGCCGCCGCCCGCCCGCAGCGCGGGAACGCGGCUCCCAUCCGGGCGGCCCCGCUUCCGGCGGGCUCCGCUUCCGCUUCCGGUGCGGCGGAUCCCGGGCCGGCGCCGGUCCCGUUGCUAGGCAGAUUUUUCAGGAGCUAAUACUGAACAUAUGCUCCAAGGAUGUCUCUCUCUCUUAUAAUAAAAUGGGGCGGACAGGAGUAUACGAUAACCUCACUAUCAGAAGAGGACACAGUGUUGGAUCUGAAGCAAUCUCUUAAAGGCCUUACUGGAGUGUUACCAGAGCGGCAAAAACUUCUUGGACUUAAAAUGAAGGGGAAACCUGCAGAUGAUGAUGUUAAGCUUGGAGCUCUCAAGUUGAAACCAAAUACUAAAAUCAUGAUGAUGGGCACUCGUGAAGAGAGUCUGGAAGAUGUCCUUGGGCCACCUCCUGAUAACGACGAUGUUGUCAAUGACUUUGAUAUUGAAGAGGAAGUUGUAGAAGUAGAAAACAGGGAAGAAAAUCUACUAAAAAUUUCUCGCAGAGUUAAAGAAUACAAAGUGGAAAUUCUGAAUCCUCCCAGGGAAGGAAAAAAGCUGCUGGUGCUAGAUGUUGAUUAUACGCUAUUUGACCACAGGUCAUGUGCUGAAACUGGAGUAGAACUUAUGAGGCCAUACCUUCAUGAAUUCCUGACAUCUGCAUAUGAGGAUUAUGAUAUUGUAAUUUGGUCUGCUACUAACAUGAAGUGGAUUGAAGCUAAAAUGAAGGAGCUUGGAGUGAGUACUAAUGCAAACUACAAGAUAACCUUCAUGUUGGACAGUGCUGCCAUGAUAACAGUGCACACUCCUAGAAGAGGACUAAUAGAUGUGAAGCCUCUUGGCGUUAUCUGGGGAAAAUUUUCAGAAUAUUACAGCAAAAAAAAUACUAUUAUGUUUGAUGAUAUUGGCCGAAACUUCCUAAUGAAUCCACAAAAUGGACUCAAGAUAAGGCCUUUCAUGAAAGCACACUUAAAUCGGGAUAAAGACAAGGAGCUUCUAAAGCUCACUCAAUACCUCAAAGAAAUAGCAAAAUUAGAUGACUUUUUGGAGCUGAAUCACAAACAUUGGGAAAGGUAUCUUUCAAAGAAGCAAGGACAAUAACACUAACAAAAUUGUAUAGCACUGAAUUGAAGGGAACUUAACUCAGAUCAUUGGACUUUUCCUUGCUUUUACGCUAGAGUAUAAUAGUGCUGGACACUGGAUCCGAUGCCAGAAUGACUGCUAUACUUGGUCUUCCAGUUGGUUGGUUAUGGGGUUUUGGGGUUUUAUUUUGUUUUAUUGUUGUUUUGUGUUUUGUUUUUGUUUUUUUUUUUGGUUCCCCCCAAAAAAAGAUCACAGCAAUAAGCUCAAGGUGGGAGAAAGAUGUCAGUUACUUUUUCUUGCUUUCAGUUCUGGUGUUACUAUUUAAAAUAUUUUCCUCUCCUUUUCUGCUGAAGUACAACCAUAACCAUUAAAGACCAAAACCAUUCUGAAACUAGAAAAAAAUUUAGACCAAAAAUGUUGAGUAAGGAGCCAACUUUGGCAGCGUAUGAAUUGUAUAAGCCCUCUAUUCCCUCUAUCUUUAGAAACAGUCUCCCUCCCAUUCCAGUAUUUAAAUCUAUAAAUUACAAGUUGUCUAAGUUUGGUAUGUAUUAGUAUAUCAGUGUUUCUCUGUGCAAGACAUUAAGAUGGGAAGGCACCACCUCUGUGGCCAAUUUACCCCAAUGUGUGAACUUGUACUAUAAAGCAGUGUUUACUGGAAAAUAGAAGACUGAAGUUUGAGGGAGAGAAACCCACUCUUUUUGGUAACUGAAAAGCAGUCUGCCUGAAAAAUUCUCAUGUCAGAUAAAGGGUUUAAACCUCAGAUGGGAAAGUCACAUUCCUAACAAAGCAUGAACAAAACCCUUGUUCUCUUCUAGCUAAAUCUUGUCAAAGUGCAAACACUGUGUUUAAAUACAAUAUUCAGCCAUACUGUUCUUAAAAUAUCAUUUACUUGCGCUGCUUAUGCCUGCACUAUAGAAGUGUGAUGUGACUGCUAUUUGGCAUUACCAACACUUGUGCAUUAUGCAGUUCAUGUAUUUGAAAGAAGACUGACCCUUUCAAAUAAAAAUGGUAUAUAUUGUUCUUAAGGAACUAUAGCAGUUGUGUAAAUAAUAAAUACCUUUUUUCAUAA